CUUCAGCAACCAACAUCCAGUUGCACAUCACAUCGAAUUGCCAACUGCUCCCCGUUCACCCCCAGCAGCGCAGCUCACAAAUACCAACAGAUCCCAGAAAGUGGUCCUACAAAAGAAGGAAAAGAAAAACAUCGGACCGCAUCCAAUUCCCUUCCAACAGCUACUCCCGAGUUCUGCACUCUCGUUACCGGCCCUGCAGCUCGACUGCAGCUCCCCGCAAUCAACCAACCCACUCAGAGUCCACAGAAGCCAUCGGAGGACUCUCCGGUACAUACAUAAGUCUACUGAGAACUUGCGCACACAGCAGCACCAGUCGUCCCCCUCUCCCCCUCCCCCACCUUCUAUAUCGAAACCGGAUGCAGUCUACUCAAGACGUCGAAGCCUGGAAGUUCCCAGCUAUCAAGACCAUUGUGAGCGUUGCCACAACUCCAAAGACAUUCAAAGCCACCCAGACGCAGGAGGAAAGAAUCUACUAUGGCGUAUACUUCUAUCCCUACACCAGACCAGGGGACGAUCCCGUAUUCGCGGUCGUCGGCGGCACAGAGGUGUUGAUCAUUCGCCCGAAUGAUAUGAACGGCUUCGAGAUAAUAAUGGCUUUUCAAGACGAUGGAUUCGGCGGCGGCGGUGGACUCAGUGCUGGGUGCUGGACUGUAGACAAGCAUACGGGUGCCCCAUUAUUGGCCGUUGGCGGCUCGGGAUCCGUCGUCAAGAUUCUCGAUAUUUGGCAGGGUGAAUGUGUCCAGACAUUGACCGGACACGGUGAGGAACUUAUGGACCUCGUGACGUCCCCUAUUGACCAAAGCAUCAUCGUUACCACCGGUGCUGACACGACCAUCAGAUUUUGGUCGUUGGAUCCGGCGCAUCAGAAGCAGCCAUGCUCCAUAAUAUGUGCCGGCGAAGACCAUCGGGAAACGGUCCUCACGAUAGCGUUCCACCACACAGGUCGUUACCUUCUUUCCGGAGGCAUGGAUCACUCUGUAAAUCUGUGGGUAAUACCGGAGGAUGCAGGUGAGAUGGCCGGGACCGACAAGCCCAAGCGGAUAAUGUACCCGCACUUCUCGACUGCCAUGAUCCACACCAACUACGUCGACUGUGUCGCGUUCCACGGCGACUACAUCCUCUCUCGCGCCGCUGACGAGAACAUCAUCGUCCUCUGGGCGAUCCAAAACUUCAGUUCUAAGGACCCACCUCCCGGGCCCGAGCUCGCGCCCACCACGCACGAGUACCGCGACACGCGCUCCGCCUUCGGCGGCAGCUUCGAGCGGCUCCUGCAGUUCCAAGCUAACGACACGAUCCCGUUCUACAUGCACUUCAACCUGUUCGCCUCGCCCGGGCACCACCCGCUGCUCGCCAUGGGCGCCACCACCGGCCGCGUCUACCUCUGGGACCUCUACAUGAUCGAGCAGUACGGCCGCGGCGCCGGCAUCGGCGACGACGUUGCCUCCUCUGUCCCCCCCGCUCGUGAAUCUAGCUGCAGCGUUACGCCGGGCGCGGGAACUCCUGCCCCUGGCAAGGUCCAUGUCAAGAGAGACGAUAUCAGUGAGCUCUUUGGAAAGGUCCGCCCGCAUGCUACCCUUGAGUUUAAGCAGGCAAAGGGCGGCGUUAGACACAUUGCUUUCUCGAACGAUGGGAGGUACAUGGUGGCCGUGGGACAUAUGAGCCAGAUCAAUAUUUGUAAGAGGUGGUAGCCUAGUAGGGUGUGGCUUAGGGUGGGGUCGGGAGGUACAUUAUGCAGUUUGAUUCUUCUUGACAAUACCAAUACAAAAAGUCUCUACUAUCUGGUGUAGGGGAUAAGAGG